CGAGCCUCAAUCCUGCAAUCUUUGAAUAGUUCAAUCGUCUGUAUCUCGGUGUAAUCGCUCAACAUUUUAGGAGUUCAAUCUCAAUCGUUCAAAAAACCAGGACUGUCUGAACAAAGAAAUUGCAACAAUUUCUGUUUAUUUUAACCUCGAUGUUUUGUCUACAAUAAAUAAGCAAGUUGAUGAGAUGAGUUUCCUUCAAGUCACUGCAUCCCGGCCUUCUUUGCAUAUCCCAGAUCAAUAUAACACACCCCAUGGAUUGGCCGUGCAACGUAUUGCUCCAGUGAACAUAUUUAAUCUUCACAAUUCCCUAAAACCAACCGUUGGUUCAUCAAAGAAAUUCACGGAAUUGAUAACACGUCACAUGAUACAAAGAACUGGUGCAUCCCGCUAUCAACUAUGCAAACCUGUGUGUUUAUUUGGUGGCAAAGGAGGACCGAGAAGUGGCAAUGAGGCUUCCCCAUGGAAAUCUAUCGAAAAAGCUAUGAGUGGUUUGAAAAAGGAACAAUCACUAGAGGAUGUUCUACGGAAACAAAUGGAGAAGCAAGAUUACUAUGAUGACGGAAGUGGUGAAGAUCCUCCUAUUGGCGGCGGCGAUGGCGGCGGCGGCGGUGGUGGCAGUGGCGGGUUCCGUGGAACAGGGGAUGAAGGCUUUGAUGGGAUGUGGGAUGAUAUACAACAAGUCACCUUUGCAAUCCUUGCACUAAUAGCUAUGUACGUGUACAUCGUUAUGGGUGACCGGGUUAUCACUUUCAUAGCAGAGGGCUUCGAGUUUCUUGCCGGAAAAAGAGGUCCUCGUUUACGGACCAUAAUGCAAGAGUUUGCUCAAUUCUAUGAAACAUACCGAGCCAAAGUCAAAGUCGAUCCUUAUUGGUUAGAAAAAGCAAUAAUCAGUACCCCGACAUGGUGGGAUAGCCCUAGGAAGUAUCGGCGCGCGUUAAGGCCUCAGAUACGUGCGAUUAUGUCUUCAAGCUCAUUAGAUAGCGAUAACGAUGACAAUGACAAAGAUUCAGACGAUGAAAACACGUAUCGUAAGGUUUCAGACGAUAGAAAUCGAUACCAUAAGAAGACAUACAGUGACGAUGAUAACGAUAACGGUGCCUAUAGUGAAGAUGAUGAUGACUAUUAAAAGAAUGUGACGGGUUUUGAGUCGAUGAAUCGGGUUGUUUCGCAAAAUAUGUAAGAAAAAGAUUGCGAACAAAUACUUGGCUUUCGGUUUCCGAUAGCAAACUUUGUGAUCUCCCUUAUUUUUGUCUCCAUUUAAUGUUUGUAGCCGAUCAUUGGAUUCA